CAUUGUCCGCCAUUACUGCUGCUGCUCAGUUUUUUUUGUUGUAUACGUGCUUGGAGUGUGUGCUAUGUGUUUGUGCAGAACGCGUUGGCAAGUGAAACCCUGCUUAUAAGGGAAGGACUGCGUAUGCCCACUUUCUGAGCAGUUCGCACCGAUCAGGUACAAUGCUACGCAAAGAGGGACUUGUUCAAAGAAAGAACGCUUGUUCGAACCCGGACGGUCGGGGCAAAGACGUGGACGAGUCUGUGAACCGACCAGAGAGCGAAGACGAUGUCGAUUCAAAGGAGACUCGCCUAACGCUGAUGGAAGAAGUGCUUCUUUUGGGGCUUAAAGAAAAAGAGGGCUACACAUCCUUCUGGAAUGACUGCAUUUCGUCGGGCCUGCGAGGGUGCAUCCUGGUGGAGCUGGCAUUGCGAGGCCGCAUUGAGCUGGAGCGAUGUGGGGUGCGGCGCCGGUCGCUGCUGCUGCGCAAGGUGCUGCUACGCUCGGACACACCUACAGGCGACGUACUUCUGGAUGAAGCAUUGCGCCACCUUAAGGAGACUCGACCCCCUGAGACGUUGCAGGCCUGGAUUGACUACCUAAGUGGUGAAACGUGGAAUCCUCUGAAGCUGCGAUACCAGCUGCGCAAUGUCCGCGAGCGUCUAGCCAAGAACCUGGUGGAAAAGGGAGUUCUGACCACAGAGAAGCAAAACUUCCUGCUCUUCGACAUGACCACGCACCCACUGGUAGACCAGACGUCCAAGGGCAAGCUGGUGCGCCGAGUGCAGGAGGCAGUGCUGAGCCGUUGGGUCAAUGACCCCCAGCGCAUGGACCGGCGGCUGUUGGCACUGCUGGUGCUGGCGCAUGCCUCUGACGUGCUGGAGAAUGCCUUUGCACCGCUCUCAGACGAUGACUACGAGCUGGCCAUGCGCCGGGUGCGCGAGCUGCUCGAGCUCGACAUGGAGGCCGAGGCAGCCAAGCCCAAUGCCAACGAGGUCAUGUGGGGUGUCUUUGCUGCUUUUGUCAAGUGAUGCAGCCACGACCCAACCACCCCCGCACCCUGAAGGAGGAUAGAGGGGAAGAUAGUGGGCUGGUGGAGUGCCCUUCUUGGGCACACUUCCAGCCCUGCCGAGUGCCUCUGGUCAUAACGCCUCUCUUUGGAGCAAGCCCGGUCCUUGGGGGAGUAGUGGCAGGAGCUGCAAGCUUUCAGUUCUCAUACACAUUGGUGCUGCUGUCAUGAAAUUCAAGGCAAUAAGAGCAAAAAUUCUCCAUACAUUUGCAAAGCUACAGGCACUUAAGUAGUAUUGUGCCGUUGUUACUAUUACUGGGAGUUGAAGCUUCAGGUGCUGUUACAGCACUAACGUGAUCGUUACCUCAACAUUACUUCAUUGAAACAAGUGAGACAAAGGCCAUGUCUAUGCGUCAUAUUCUUUGCCUCUGUUGUUUCUAUGCCCAAUGCCAUAGUGUAUUGCAUAACUGAAAGCUUGCAACAAGGUUGGGUGGCCCCCAGCUGGGCAGUGCUUGCCCACUCCAAGUUCUUGGCCCCAAAGCUUUUUCCCAAGCACUGGACCAGAUGUUUUUUUUUUCCCCAAGGGAGCGCGGGAGGCAACCUUUGUGCUAAUCCAGAGCUCCAGCUGCCUGACACUGCAAAAGACCCCCGGUGUGCUUUGUGCUGCACAUUACAGAAGGUCUGUCCUUGUACAUAGCUGGGCCUUUUAUUUUUUUCACUCCUGUGGGUGCGGCUCUUGCCAUCAGCUUGGCGGCUUCUGCAGUAGCUCAAUGCCAGCUGGGAACCUCUUUCUUCUUUCGCUGUAUUCUUUUGGUAAAAGGUGGCUCUCCUGUCGUUCUGAUUGUAAAUAAACACGCUGCUCUCAACUGAA